GGGCAUGUCACUUCUAGAGGGUGUUACAGCUUUGAAGGGACUUCCGCUUUAGCAGCUCAGCUGUGCUGGCUAGUUGUUGACGGAUUUCAACCUACUGAGAUCUACGGUGUCCGAGGGAGAUUUAAAGGCAUCAUAAGCGUUUCCUUCCUGUAGUGGUGGAUAGGGUUGUCGUGCCCCAUGCUCAGGAUCAUUUGUGUACAGUUGUCAGCGGUGAAACGCAGAUCCAGUUUAGAUCCUCGUAGUGGAGGUUACUCUCAGCAAAGAGGCUUGAAUCCGCUAUGCAAGCAAACACAACGCGGGGCUUCUUGUGGUCGGACGUAGAGACGAGGACCUUGUUGAACAUCUGGGGGGAGCAGGACAUCCAGACGGCGCUGGAUGGAAACUUCCGAAACAGCUUCGUGUAUCGCGACGUUUCCCGAAGGCUGGGAGCGAUGGGGUUUGAAAGGACGCCGGAACAAUGCAGGGUGCGGAUCAAAAGCCUCAAGAGACAGUACCUGUUAGCAAAAGAAGGUAAUCUGCGGAACAACGGGCAGUAUCACAAGAUCUGUAAGUUUUAUGACAUAAUGGAGAGGAUUUUGAGCAACCGGCCCGCCAUUGACCCUCAGGAGUUAAUAGACAGCGGGGCGGGAGGAGAGGAGGCCGGGGAUGGCCUGGAGGAGGAUGGAGAAGAUGCUCAAGACGCAUACCCAGAGAGCACAGAUGAGUGUCCUUGUCCUGCAGAGACUGAAGUGAAGCUGGAAUACCCAACUAUCCCCAUCCCUAUCCCAGUUAAAGUGACAGUGGGCAGUAAUAGCACUGCAGUAAGACCACAAAACAGCAGCCAGUUGGCCAGUAAUCUAUCAGCCAGACCACCUAAACGAGCAAGAAAGCGGCGAGCUAACUUCCCCAUGGAGAAACUGAUGGAGCAGUUCCUGGAGCAAAGUGCCCAGGCUGAGGACAACUUCUACCGGAUGGAGGAGCAGCGCUUGAAUGCAGAAGACCGUCGCAGAGAAGCUGAACAUGCCAGGGAGCUGCACAUGCUUCAGAUGCUUGGCCAGAUGUUCUCCAGCAUCUCCUCCUCUGCCAGACCUGGCUCUGCGGCUACUCCCUCCAAGACCGCUCCUCCUGCCUGCGCCCCUGUGCUCUCCAGUGGCUCCCUGUCAUGUACACGCGGCCAGUCCAGUCAUCUCAGGCGGCCUUCACCCCAGAAAGACUGUUUCAUCCAACAACAAAGUCAGCUGUUGAACCCAGAUCCGCAGGCGUUAGUGUUUGAACGCUACUGCAGCUUGGGGUCUACAUCAGAGAGAGGAAUGGAUGAUGAUGUCCUCUCAGUGGUAAAGAGCAUAAUCCCCCCACUGACAUCCAAAAAGCACAAGGGACAAGAUGGACGUAUUGGAAUCAUUGGAGGAUGCCAAGACUACACCGGAGCUCCAUACUUUGCUGCCAUCUCUGCAUUGAAAGUGGGAGCUGACUUGUCUCAUGUGUUCUGCACCAAAGAUGCUGCAGCUGUAAUCAAGUCAUACAGCCCUGAGCUCAUAGUUCAUCCUGUUCUGGACAGUCCAAAUGCUGUGGAAGAGAUAGAAAAAUGGCUCCCAAGACUGCACAGCCUAGUCGUGGGACCAGGUCUAGGGAGAGAAGACUUGUUACUGAAAACAGCUAAGGAGGUGAUAGAGAAGUCAAAAGCAAAAGAUAUCCCUAUAGUCAUUGAUGCGGACGGACUAUGGCUAGCUACACAGCAACCAUCUGUUAUUCAAGGGUACCAGAAGGGUAUCCUUACACCUAACUUCAUGGAGUUCACUCGACUGUAUGAGGCACUGCACCAUGAACCCAUGGACAGCAGUGACUAUCAACGCAGUGUCAUGCAGCUCAGUGUAGCCAUGGGUAACAUCACGGUGGUGCUAAAGGGAGAACGGGAUCUGAUUACAGAUGGCAGUAAGGUGAUCUCAUGCAGUACUGAGGGCAGUGGGAGAAGAUGCGGUGGACAGGGUGAUCUCCUUUCUGGAUCCAUGGGAGUGCUGGCACACUGGGCUUAUGCUGCCUCUGCAGCUGGAAUGAUCAGAAGUGUGAAUCCGUCUGUGGUUGCUGCAUUCGGAGCCUGUGCGCUAACCAGACAGUGCAACAGUCAAGCAUUCCAGCAACACGGCAGAUCCACCACCACCUCAGACAUGAUCCAGGAGAUCGGCUCAGCUUUUAAAAAGCUAUUUGAAAGCUAAAAAUGGCCAAAUGAAAUUGUAAUUGUUUAAAAAAAACUAUACAUACAUACAUACUCAGUUUUGCUUUCCUUAAAACUAUUAAUAUAGGCAGUGAGUGGACUGGUGGAAAAGUUUUAUCAAGUUUAAUUUAAGUGAAGGUUAGACAGGUGUGGACUAAUAACUGUCUUUGAAGGCAAAGGCAGUUCUCAAAAUCGGGUGCAAAAAAUGCACACAGACUUGUUGAUUGAGGUGUAUAAACCGAUUUUGAAACUAAAAAAAACUGUCUUCCAUCUCUUGAGGAAGUAGAUCCACCACACAUGUUCAUCCACCAAAGAGACCGAUGGGUAAGUUUAAUGGGGUCAAAGUAAACUAGAAACUUGUAUGAUUUUUGAAAUAAAUAUUAAAUUACA